CCUAGUCAUUGAAGUUCUAAAGAUUCUGAGGGAAGUGCUCAUAUUGGCUCAUCUGUAUCAAUGGCAAGCUUGAGCACUUACUCGAGCUUUGUUUUCGUCAUCUGUCUAAUUUCAUCGGCAAUUUCAGGUCCAUUGAAGGUUGGGUUUUAUCAAAAGAAAUGCCCAUCAGCUGAGGCCAUAGUGAGAGAGUCAGUACAAAAGGCUCUCGCUGCUGAUCCCGGAGUUUCUGCUGCCCUCAUUAGACUCCAUUUCCAUGACUGUUUUGUCAGGGGUUGUGAUGGGUCCAUUCUUCUCGACUCCACCAUAGGGAACACCGCGGAGAAAGAUAGCAUGGGAAACCUCGGCAUCGGAGGCUUUGAGGCGAUCGAUGAUGCCAAGACCAAGAUUGAAGCCCGCUGCCCUAACCCUGUCUCAUGUGCCGACGUCGUGGCCUUCGCCGCUCGCAUUGGGGUUCGAGCUGCCGGGCGCUUACACUAUGCUGUCCCAAGCGGGAGGCGGGAUGGGAGAGUCUCCCUUGCGGCGAAGGUGAUCGAAAACCUCCCUGGCGCAUUUUUUAGCGCUGUGCAACUCAAAGAGAACUUUGCGAAGAAAGGGUUUUCGCUCCAAGAUAUGGUGACUCUCUCCGGAGCUCACUCCAUCGGGGACUCUCAUUGCUCCGAAUUCACAAAGCGACUCUACUCCAUCAACUCGACAUAUUCCCAAGAUCCUUCCCUUAAUCCAAGUUAUGCCCAUAUUUUGAAGGCCGAAACGAAGAGGGUUUGCCCCGCCGACCCGGUUGUGCCAUUUGAUCCCGUGACGCUGAAUGUACUCGAUAAUGCUUACUAUAACAAUUUAAAGAGCGACAAGGGAUUGUUGUAUUCGGACCAAGUGCUGUGGGACGCGCAAUUGACGAGGGGGUUAGUGAAGGACAACGCGAACCACCCUAGCGCUUGGGCUCGGAGGUUCAUGGCUGUGAUGGUGCGCAUGGGUUCAAUCGAGGUCCUCACCGGCGUGGAAGGCGAAAUUAGGAAGAAUUGCAGGGUGAUAAAUUAA